AGAGCAGCCCCGCGUUCCGCGAGGAGUUUGGAGUCGCCCUGCGAGGCGCCCACAACCCGCUCAGCGCUUGCCACGCAGGUGCGCGGGCCCCGGUGCCGCCGUCAUCGCAGCUUUCCGCCGGGAUUGGACUCGGGCUUCGAGGUCUCCUUGCCACUUUGGAAACUGAAGGGACCGCAGCGUCAAUCAGUAUAUUUCUCUGAAGCAAGAUGAUUUGUCAAAAAUUCUAUGUCGCUCUGUUAUUCUGGGAAUUUGUUUAUGUGAUAACUGCAUUUAAUGUGGCCUAUCCAAUUACUCCUUGGACAUUUAAGUUGUCUUGCAUGCCACCAAAUACAACCUAUGACUUCUUGCCUGCUGGAAUCUCAAAGAACAUUUCGAAUCUGAAUGGACAUUAUGAGGCGGUUAUUGAAGCUAAAUUUAAUUCAACUACCACCUACUUUUCUAAUGUAAUGUCCCAAGCAACUUUUCCUUGUUGUUUUUGGAGUGAAGAAGAUCAAAGCUGCUCUGUGCAUGCAGACAUUGAUGGGAAGGCAUUUGUUUCAACAGCAAAUUCUUUAGCUUUUCAACCAACAAGUGCAAACUGGAACAUACAGUGCUGGAUGAAAGAGGACUUGAAAUUAUUCAUCUGUUAUAUGGAGUCAUCAUUUAAGAAUCCUUUCAAGAAUUAUGACCCUGAGGUUCAUCUUUUAUAUGUUCUUCUAGAAGUGGUAGAAGAACCAUCUCGGGUUCCCCAGAAAGGCAGUUUUCAGAUCCUUCAGUGCGACUGCAGUGCCCACAAGUGCUGUCAAUGCCACGUGCCUGUGCCAACAGCCAAACUCAACUAUACUCUCCUUAUGUACUUGAAAAUCACAUCUGGUGAAGUAACUUUUCAGUCACCUUUAAUGUCAGUUCAGCCCAUAAAUGUUGUGAAACCUGAUCCACCAUUUGGUUUGCAUAUGGAAAUUACAGACACUGGCAGUUUAAAGAUUUCUUGGUCCAGCUUAACAUUCACACCAUUUCAACUUCAAUAUCAAGUCAAAUAUUCAGAGAAUUCUACAAGUAUGAGAAAAGCUAAUGAAAUCAUCUCAGCUACAUCUCUGCUAAUAGAAAGCGUGCUUCCUGGGUCUUCCUAUGAGGUUCAGGUGAGGAGCAAGAGACUGGAUGGCCCAGGAAUCUGGAGUGACUGGAGCACGCCACUUAUCUUUACCACACCAGAUGUUAUUUACUUUCCACCUAAAAUUCUGACAAGUGUUGGGUCCAAUGUUUCUUUUCACUGCAUCUAUAAAAAGGAAAACGAGAUUGUUUCUUCAAAGGAGAUUGUCUGGUGGAUGAAUCUAGCUGAGAAAAUUCCUCAAAGCCAGUAUAAUGCUGUGGGUGACUAUGUUAGCAAAGUUACUUUUCCCAAUUUGAAUGCAACCAAACCUCGAGGGAAGUUCACCUACGAUGCUGUGUACUGUUGCCACGAGCAUGAAUGUCACCAUCGCUAUGCUGAGCUGUAUGUGAUUGAUGUCAAUAUCAAUAUAUCGUGUGAAACUGAUGGGUACUUAACUAAAAUGACAUGCAGAUGGUCAACCAAUGCAAUCGAAUCACUUGUGGGAAGUACUUUGCAGUUGAGGUAUCAUAGGAGAGGCCUUUACUGCUCUGAUAUUCCAUCCAUUCGUCCUAUAUCUGAACCCAAAGAUUGCCAUUUGCAGAGAGAUGGUUUUUAUGAAUGCGUAUUUCAGCCAAUCUUUCUAUUAUCUGGCUACACAAUGUGGAUUAGGAUCAAUCACUCUUUAGGUUUGCUUGAUUCUCCACCAACAUGUUUUGUUCCUGAUUCUGUGGUGAAACCACUGCCUCCAUCCAGAGUGAGAGCAGAAAUUACUGUAAAUACUGGACUACUGAAAAUAUCUUGGGAAAAGCCAAUCUUUCCGGAGAAUGAUCUUCAGUUCCAGAUUCGCUAUGGCUUAAGUGGAAAAGAAGUACAAUGGAAGAUGCAUGAGGUGUAUGAUGAAAACUCAAAAUCCGCCAGUGUCCCGGUGCCAGACCUUUGCGCCAUCUAUGUUGUUCAGAUGCGCUGUAAGAGGCUAGAUGACCUGGGGUAUUGGAGCAACUGGAGUGCUCCAGUCCACACCGUUGUCACGGAUAUAAAAGUUCCUGCCAGAGGACCUCAGUUUUGGAGAAUCAUUAAUGAAGAUACCACUGAAAAAGAGAGAAAUGUCACUUUACUUUGGAAGCCUCUGAUGAAAAAUGAUUCAUUGUGCAGUGUGAGAAGCUACGUGGUCAAACAUCAUACUUCCCACAAUAGAACUUGGUCGGAAGAUGUGGGUAAUCACACUACAUUUACUUUCCUGUGGACAGAGCAAGCCCAUACUGUUACAGUUCUGGCCAUCAAUUCAAUUGGCACUUCUCUUGCAAACUCUAAUUUAACAUUCUCAUGGCUUGUGGGCAAAGUAAAUACUGUGCAGUCACUCAGUGCAUAUCCUUUAAACAGCAGUUGUGUGAUUCUUUCCUGGAUGCUAUCACCCAGUGAUUACAAUCUGAUGUAUUUUAUUAUUGAGUGGAAAGUUCUUAAUGAAGACACUGAAAUUAAAUGGCUUAGAAUCCCUUCAUCUGCUAAGAAGUGUUAUAUUCAUGAUCAUUUUAUUCCAAUUGAAAGUUAUCAGUUCAGUCUUUACCCAAUAUUUAUGGAAGGAGUGGGGAAACCGAAGAUAAUUAGUAGUUUUACCCAAGAUGGUAUUGAAAAACAUCAGAAUCAUGUGGGUUUAUAUGUAAUUUUGCCAAUAAUUAUUUCCUCUUCAGUCUUACUGUUUGGAACGUUGUUAAUAUCACAUCGAAGGAUGAAAAAACUGUUUUGGGAAGAUGUUCCAAACCCCAAGAAUUGUUCCUGGGCACAAGGAAUUAAUUUUCAGAAGAGAACGGACAUUCUUUGAAGUCUAAUCAUGAUCACUGCAGAUGAACCCAAUAUACCAACUUCCCAACAUUCUAUAGAGUAUUAGAAGAUUUUUACAUUUUGAAGAAGGGGAGAAAAAUCUAAAAAAUUUUGGUUGAACUAUUGAGAACUAAAGUAUGGUGGGUUAUGUUGAUUUAAAACUUCAAAUUGAUGGGUAAAUUUGGGGUCCAGAUAGAGGUCUGAGUCCAGUUCAUUUUGGAUUAUGAUUACUUUUCAGUUCAUCUAAAUUUAAAAAUUUAAAUUUAGAUAUCUGGUUUUCUAUUUAUCAUUUGUCUGGACAUAAAACAUUAAAAACUCAUGAUUUCUCCUGCUACCACGUAUCUAUGCAAUAUCAUCAAAUAGAUCAUAAACAGUGCUGUCACUAGGUGAAAACUGCAACUACUGACACAGUUUUGCAAGUUCAAUCACUAAUCACUGAAUGCAGUAAAAGUAUUGUUUAUAUUUUAAUUUCCAAAGUUUUCCAUUUUAUAUUCUUUUGGAGAUAACUCGCCACAUAAACUGACCCACUUGUGUGUUCUUUUUAAUGUCCUGUAGUUUUUAUGUGUGUCUAAAUUUGGUCAGUCUGGGAAUUUCAAUUCUCAGUAGCCUUAAAAAUGGCUUAAGUGCUAACUUCCAUUUCCGUUCAAAGAAAGCCAGAAGUUGCGGUUUGUGCUGGUCAUAAGCCCGUGGCAGUUACAUUUCAUAUCAGGAUGACCCAACAUAUUCAGGUCAGAUUGACCAGAUCAGAAAGACACAUCAAUCUCCAAUCCUGCUUUCUUGUGAAAUUCUUGCCUAAAUCUAAUUUUAUUUAUACUGAACCACCCAAAGCUUCUGGCAGAAAGGGAAGUUGGACAGUGACGCAAAAAAGGGAGACUUUGCAGUUUUAUAAACAGUUCCUGGGGAGGCCUACAAUUUUUCUUCCUGAAAACAGACAACUUGCUUUUUUUAUGAAUUUAGCACAUUAAGCAUGCUAUUCUCACUUUCAAACUAAACCAAAGCCUUUGUUUGAUGCUCUCAAAUCAUGUUCAGAAUUAGGCUAUAUAUGGAUCACUUAUAUUUAUAUUUCAUUCAUAAUUUUAUUAGAAUCUUAAAAAAUAACACAAAAUCAGAAAGAACAUUCCAGUAACAUUAACAGAUGUUACUGGAAUGUGAAAUCCAAGUGUAAAAUAUUGAAAGGAUUUUCUUUAAUUCAUAACAGCUGAAUGCCUAGUUAAUAAGAGCCAAGAUUUUGCUAAAACCUUGAAAAAUUAGGUGCUUAUAAUGAUUGAAAAUGAUUUUUUAAAAACAUACUUUUAAUAAAGAUUUAUGACCCCUUGAAAAAGUACAUUUCAAUAGUAUGUGGGUGUUUAUUUUUAUUAGUGAAAUCUGCCACCUGAAUGUAUUUGAGAACAUGUAAAAUUGUAGGUAUCAGUAAUUAUUCACCAAUUAUGAAGUGUUUGAGGGCAUGCAUUGUGUCAAACACAUCAUUUAAAGAAAAUAUUUGAGGCUGACUGCAUGCUAUGAGCUGUUUGUGUGUAUUUUUUGUUUUCAUAGUUAUUCCUUAAUUUGAUGAUCUUAAUACCUAGGUUCAUUUAAAUUUUAAGAAAUGUGAAACACAGUGGCCUUUAGAGUAAAUAAAAUGAGCAAGCAAAUAUUUGAAAGAUCAUAAAUCUAAUUCAUAGAUUUCUUUCAGAAAGAAAAUAGGCACAGGAACCAGUUUUCUCUUCAUAUAUUAUAUUCAUAGAUAAAAGGUUGUGUUAACAUGGUAAUUUGUCAUUAUGCAGUAUUUUAAUAUCUACAUCUCUAUUACAUUAGUAUUAUAGUGUUUGUUAUAUUCUUUUAUGAUUAUAAUCACCAAUAUAUUUCACAUAAGAGUUAAAAAUGAUGCCAAGUUAAUUGUGUUUUUAUUUGGAAUAUACUUACUAUUUUGAAUAUUAGUUGAUUAUAUCAUUUCAGCAAUAAAUUUGAAUUCACUAAUUAGUUUAAAAGUUGAAAAAUUCAAAAGGUCAAUUAUUUGUAUGAUAAAAAUUGAACAUAUUACUCUAUCACUUCAUUUAGUUGUGAUUUUUCAAUGUGAUGUAUGCACAGUAUUCUUUAUUUUACAUUUAUUUUCUCAGUAUUUUUACAUUGUAUGAGUUGAGCUUUUUGCACACAAAUUAUUGAUUUGUGGCUGUUUGCAGGAUUUUUUUGUUGUGAUGUAACCACCAUUCUUAUAAAGAAAAAUGAUAUGCAUUUGUUUGUGUCUUUGUCU